AUGGUGCACCACCUGGUGUUGGGCAACACCGCAACUCCCGCGAAAGACGGCAAGCGAUACAAUUGGACGUUUUACGUCCGGGGUUGGGGAACCUUUGAGAUUGCCGUUCUCUUGAAGUUCAAAGAGGGCACGAGUCUGAGGACAUCUUGGGAGCUUCAGUUCGAUCAGGAGGACGCGAGUGGGCAGCUGGAGGUGCCCUCCGGCAUACUGGCUUCGCUGCCUCCUCCAAGCAGCGACGAGACAAAGACGCCUCCACUCAGUCCACCCCCUCCCCCCCCUCCUCCACCUCCUCCUGCGCCGACAGAUGACAGGGAUGGUGCAGAGUCGCACAGUGACAUCUAUGGUGUUCGUGGCAGCAUCGAGGGCUGUGACUCCACGGACGAGGCAAUCCUCGAGCCCGACACCGCAGAGCCUGCAGAGUCCAGCCCGCCGCCGCCACCGGAGCUGCUGCGAGACACCAGCGAGGGCAAGGCCGAAGACGACCCUGGCCGUGCAAGCGUUUGCAAGAGGCUCCGCGAGAGCGCCUUCAUGGACCCUUCAGACCCGCGCUUCAUGUUCGGACGAGGCUACACGGGUCCUCUACAUGCGCCGAAGGUGAUUUGGAAGAGCAGCCAACCACCCCGGAAAGACCAUUCCUGCCCGAAGUGGCUCACAGCCACGGAGUUCGAGGAUCAGCCGGAGGUGGCGGUGGCCAAGGUCAAGGAGCUGGCUCAGCUCAUCAAGCUGUCCCGGAAGACUGUGGCCUACACUGGUGCCGGCAUCUCCGCCGCUGUGAUUGGGCAGGCGGCCCUUUCUGGUCAGAACACCGUGGGAUGGAAGAACAACACACGUGCAGCCCCGCCAACCUUUACACAUCACGCGUUGGGAUUCUUGGGGCGACAAGGUUUGCUUCAUGGCUGGGUCCAGCAGAACCACGAUGGCCUCCCACAGAAGGCCGGAUUCCCUCAAGAGCGAAUCAAUGAGAUCCACGGCAGUUGGUACGACCCGAGCAACCCAGUGGUGAAGUAUAGUGGCAGCCUCCAUGACAAGUCUUAUCCGUGGAUGCGGGAAGAUGCGGAGACGGCUGACCUCUGCCUGGUCCUUGGCACGAGCCUGGGCGGUCUCAACGCCGACCAGGUCGCCACGAAGACUGCUGACCGAACGCUGCUGCCACCAGCACCCGGGUCAGGCGUUCUGGCACCAGGUGCCUGGAUCUCGCUUCGACGGCCGGGUGGUCUCAAGGGCUUGGUCACGGCGGUAGGAGAGAAGACGAUUCAGGUACGUUUCCGCGAAAGUGAUGAGGACUCGGAUCAAGAGGAUGACCGCUUGGCAGAGCCUGUGACGCUUCCACGAGACGAGCGUUUCGAGGUGAUUCCGUCAGUGGGCGGCGGCUUGGGCACCGUGAUCCUGAACCUGCAGCAAACAGCGCAGGACGGGAAGAUGACCCUGCGUCUCUUCGGCAAGUCGGAUGACAUUCUGCGACUGCUGCUGCCGGAGCUGGGCUUUGGCCUGAGCAUCGUGCGCCCCCCGGUCUGGCCCAGGCAGGAGCGAGCGCUGGUGCCUUACGACAAAGACGGCCGGCGCUUGCCUUCGGGCUCGGGCAAGCGGAUGUGGCUGGACCUUCAGAAAGGGCAAGCGGUGCGCAUAACGCCCGGCCACAACAUCCAGGGGGCCAAGCAGCCAGCAUACAUGCAUAUCGGAGCCAAGAAGCCAAUAGUGGUGAAGGGAGAGACACGGCAACCAGGUGUUGGAGUCGGAACAGUGUUGAACCGCUGCAAUACAACCUGCAGCUUCAUCUUGCAGAUCGAAGGCGUCCAGAUGCGCUUAGGCAUUUGGUGGCUAGAGAGUGCCAUGAGAGGUGAUAUUUGCAAGCUUGUGGGGCUCUUGGCAAUGAGCCAUGAAUGUGGCGAGACCAUGAAUGAGUGGAGAGCGCAUUGCGACAAAGCUGCGACAUACCGCUGUGGUGGUCUUGUGGCCUCCAUCAGUGCGGUGCUCUAUGCCAAGAUGGCCUGGACGGAACAUGGCAGUGACAGGACAUGGACCAUUCAUGGUUUUCUGGCCUUUGUCGUUUUCCUCGUGCAGGGCGGCACGAUGGUUUGGGGCGGAUAUCUCUGCUGGCUUGCCUUGGCAAGCUCAGAGUGUGCCGUUGACGUUCUCAACUUUACGCUUGUAUGCACUGGCCUACUGGCGCUGAUUGAAGUCAUUGGCUUCUUUUCGGUGUACUUCGUCUUCAUCCCCUCCUUCAUGAUGCAGCUUCGCGAUGCUGCAAAGUUUACGUAG